AUGCAUUUCUUAUUCUUGCCAAUCUUCCUAGCGAUUCUUCAAGUUGAUGCCUCUGAAUUCGCCUAUGCAUCAACACUCUCAUCGAACGAUUUCUUAUUAGCUGCUAGAGUAUUAGCUUAUCGUCUAAAUUCUUUCAACGAUUAUCCAUAUAUAAUUGUGGCAACCGAGGAAAUCACAAAUCGAUCUUUGGAAUAUUUAAAGAAGAUGAAUGUGACAAUUGUGGUGAUGCCAAAGAUUGAAACACCAUAUAAAUCAACACAUAUUGCUGCAAAAUAUCAAUAUAGCAAGAUCAACCUCUGGUCGUUAACCCAAUACAAACGAAUUUUGCAUCUCGAUUUGGACACUCUUCCGAUGAGACCAAUGGGCGAAAUUUUUAAAUGUGGCUCUUUUUGUGUCACUAAUCGUCAUUCGGAUCGCUUCAACACUGGUGUUUUUGUGAUGGAACCGAAUUUGACUAUUUAUGAAGACAUGCUCAACAAGGUUAACAAAUUGGACCAUUCAAAAAUCCCUGAUCUCCUCGAUCAAUAUGAUGGAGGAGAUCAAGGAUUUUUGAACUCCUAUUUCGAUCAGUUAAAGUAUGCUCCAAUGUUUGACGGUACGAUGAACUCGUUUCGAUUUGAGCGACCCGACGGUCUCCGCUCACUUUCUUGGACUUACAAUUAUGAUGUCGGAAUGUACUAUUUAAAUGGUGGAAAGAUGUUACUUCAACCAAAGAUUAUGCACUUCACAUUAGGCCCAACGAAGCCAUGGCUUUGGUGGACCUAUCCUGCAUUUGAUCUUAAUUGGGAAUGGCUGGCUGUCAGAAUCUCAAUGGAAACCGACUUUGGCGCGACAAGAAAAGAUCUACAACUUUUUCUCCAAACUUGCAUCCUUCUCAUACUCCUCAAUGUAGCUUUUCAGCUCUUUCAAUGGAAUUUCAAGGGUUAUUUUGCUGACAAAGCGUUUACUCGAGGUGAAGCUUAUGUGAUGCCAUCGUUGACAAUUCUAUUCUCGAUCAUCGCCUCAUUUGAGUUGAUUCCCUCUCAAACGCAUCCACCAAACGCGUGGCUUUUCUUUUUCACCUAUUUGAUAAUCUGGAUGGUGUUUAUUUCGACUAGCUAUCGUCGUGUGCGAACCGGUCAAGUCGUUCUAACAUGUGAAUCAACGAGAUUUGCUUGCAUCACUUUGUGCCUUGCUUGUGCCUUUUGGCGUUCCGCUAUUUGCUUUCACAACCGGUGUUCAUUUGAAGAAAUUGAUGGGCAUUGGGAAAGUUUG